UUGGUUUAUGAUUUUCUAGUUUAUAAGUUAACAAGGAGUUUUCCCCCUACUCCAUUCAUUCUUGCAGCCAUGGCAGACGAGAAAGCUCGUGCUGAACAGAACCGCCAGGACACCAACCAAAACCAAAACCAAAACCAAAAUCCUCCUCCGGCGCAGCCCCGUCGGGCGUUAGACGCCUUCUCCAGGCUGCCGUCGGCAGCUUUGAUCUUCCUUGCCUUCAACACCGCGGUGGCGGUCUAUCGGGCGAGGGGCUACCCAUGGCCGGUGGCCUUCGUCGUUCUCUCCUUCCUCGACCUGCUGCUGAUGUUUCACAUCCUUCACCUGCUCGUAGCUGCGCCGCCCAAUUCCAAUUCCCCGCGGCGGUGCCGUCUCAGGACUGCCGUGUGGUUUCUCGCCUCUUUCAUAACUGCAAUGCUCUCCUACGGAGUGGCAGACAUGAUGCUUGCGGUCGUCUGGUGCGCCGCGGCCCUGGCGGUCGGCCUCGGCUUCUACUGGCUUUCCAUCUACGCUCCCGACAGCUACUUAUUACCGACAGAUUUAAAAGAUGAUGAUAUUUGUGACAUGCUUUAAGUUUCGUACCUGCGCUAUGGAACAAUUUUGUAACUUACAGCAUCGACACAGCUGCGCUUCUUUGGUAUCCAAUGCUUUGUGUAAUUUUUAAUAGCUUUCUGAAUGCUGAACGAUUAGAACAUGUAUGUUUUUCUUUUGCUUAUAAGAAAUGCCGCGUGCUUCUUUUUCUUUUCUUUUCUGCCUUUAAAACCAUUUGUAUACUCUGUUUCUCCCUCUGUUUGUCUGCCUUGUUCCUCUCAGGUUUCAUUUGACAGAUCAUAAUUUACUCUCCCAACUCUGUUUAUUUUUU